AUAUUUUCCCAUAUCAAGUGGAAAGUGCAGUUUUCCUUUCCUUCAUUAAUUGUACAUUCCAGCUUUAAUUUUCUUUGUGUUAAUAAGGGCGCGCGGAUACAAUAACAACUGAAACUGGUCGAAGCUCAAUUAUCUCGUUAUAGUUGCCACAAAUAAAAGUUCCAGUAUCCUGUAUUUGAAAUAAGAGAACAAUGAGUGUAAAGGAAGACCAGCCCACAAAUGUUUACACAUUUAAAGACCAGCGUCCACCUCAGUUUGAGUGCCAGUACACGGCCAGUAUCAGAGAUGACCAGGUCCCUCUUGUGAUAGAUAAUGGUGCCUACCAGUGCCGGGCUGGCUGGGCCACAAGUUCAACCCCCGAUCUCAUCUUUAGAAAUGUAACUGCUAAACACAGGAGCCGUAAAGAAAAGGACUCUGAUGUACAGAUAGGGAAUGACAUCACAAGUUUUGAGCAGCUGCGACUGCUGAUGAGGUCACAGUUUGAUCGAAAUAUUGUCACACAGUAUGAUGUACAGGAGCAGAUCUUUGACUACAUGUUCUCCAAUCUGGGUGUGAACACAGAUGGGGAGGUACCACACCCCGUGCUGCUUACAGAGGCAGUCGCCAACCCAAACUUCUGUAGGCAGCAGAUGUCUGAGCUUUUGUUUGAGUGUUACCAAGUUCCAAAGGUGUGUUAUGGUAUAGAUUCGCUGUUCAGUCUAUACAAAAACCAUCCGAACCCAAGCAGUGCAGAUGCCAUGGUGGUGGAUUGUGGGUACCAGACCACACAUCUACUACCUGUCCUGGGUGGGAGACUGGACUUGCAGCACUGCAGACGCAUCAACAUUGGUGGUGCUCAUGUGGACUGGUUCAUGCAGCGACUCUUGCAGCUGAAGUACCCCGGACAUCUGGCAGCAAUAACCCUGCCAAGGGCUGAGGAGCUAGUACGAGACCACUGCCACAUUGCCGUGGACUACCUGCCUGAGUUGGCAGAGUGGACGUCACAUGAGUACUAUGAUGAACACGUGCACAAAAUACAGCUGCCUUUCUCCAAUGCCCCUGGCAACCAGAUCUCUGCCCAACAGCAGGCAGAGCGACGGGAGCAGCAGAUACGUCGCCUCAAAGAUCUCAGCAUGAAGAAACGUCAGGAAAAGCUUGCAGAGGAAGAGAGGGAACUAAAGGAACUGAUGGAGCUACAGGAGCUGAUGACUGAUGAUGAUGAUGACGAUGAGUUCUUGUUGGCGUUGAAGGAGCGAGAGCUGGAAAACGAGGAAGAGUUACAGGCCUUGAUCAGCAAGCUGAGUGUCAGUAUACAGCGACUGAAGGCUUUGAUUGAUGGGACUGAACCACCCCCUGAGGAACCUGAGCCUAAGAAGCAGUGCACAUUUGACCUGUUGGAGAUCCCUGAUGAACAGUUGACCCCAGACCAGCUAGUGAAGAAGAAACGCCAGUACAUCCUGCAGAAAGCACGAGAGGGACGGGCCCGGGCUCAGGCUCAGCAGCGAGAGAUUAGACAGAAGGAGCUAGCUGUAGAGAAGGCUCUAGAGAGGAAGCGGCUCACGGACUUUCAGGGAUGGUUGGCUGAGGUUCGACAGAAACGACAGAAACUGGUGGAGUCUCGUCAGUCACGUAAGCAGCGUAAGACGGACAUGGCCAAGAGGAAGACGUACGCAGCCCAGCAGAGGAUGAAGAUCAUCUCACAGCUUGCGAAAAACACGAAGAAAGACGACACAUUUGGUCAGGAUGACAAGGACUGGGACGUGUACAAGGAAAUUAAUCCCAACAUGUCUGACAGUGACUCUGAGGCAGAGGAGUUACAGCUGGAGGAGCUGGAGACCAUGCUGAAGGAACACGACCCGGACUUCCAGAAGGAGAUGGAUAAGGAAGCAGGGGAGUUUGACAUUACAGAGUACUACAGACUGCACAUUGCUGUGGAGAGAAUCAGGGUGCCAGAGCUGCUGUUUCAGCCGUCCAUGAUUGGCCUGGAUCAGGCCGGGAUUGUGGAGACCAUGGACUAUGUAUUCAAGAAGUACACAGCACAGCUGCAGGAUAGACUGGCACAGUGUGUGUUUCUGACAGGCAGCAACGCAAACUUUCACUAUUUCCCAGCGCGCCUGGAGAGGGAGCUACGAGCGAUCCGGCCCUUCCAGUCCAAGUUUAACAUUGCCACCGCAGCAAAUCCGGGCUUUGACGCAUGGUUGGGUGCGAGGGCGUGGCUGACCACUGACCCAGUGGCAGACGUGUGGAUCACCCGCCAGGAGUACGACGAGAAGGGUGGUCACUAUCUCAAGGAACAUAUGGCUUCCAAUAGGUACCUGCCCCACCCGGUCCUUGUGCAGAAAUAGUUGAGAAUAGGAAAAUAUCCCACCCACUUGGUUCCGGUUCAAGACUAGUGCGGGGAAAAACUACUCUGCCCACCAUGUGUUUAUUGAGUAAUUGUUGAUAAUGUGAACUUAGCCCUGUUUGUUAUAGCACAGACUGAUGAAUGAAAUCAUAAUCACGGAGCAGUGAUAAAAAAUAAAGAAUCAAAAUCUUG